CCCCUUACAACCAACCCCCCUCCCCUUUUCACAAACAACUAUACAGCCUCAUUUUUUUUUUGUGUUUCUCACCACCGUUUAUUUCCAUCAUCCUCUAGCUCCGCAAAGAUAUCCCCGUCAUUGGUUUGCACCCACCAUGCCAGCCGAUGAUGUAUCCAGUCACAAGCGCUCCGAAUGUUUUCAUCCCCGAAUCAUCGCCUCACGCCUCCGGCCACCCGAAGCCCAGCUUGAUGCCCGUCAUCAUGCCCUGCAUAUCCUCUCCUUCUCAGUUCCCACCCCGCUCAGCUGCUAACCCACGCACCCCUGGCCAGGUUGCUUCCCGCGACGAUGCCUCCAAUGACUCUACCAGAUUGCCCACGCCAAACUCGUCCGGAUGGCAGUCUCCUCACGGAAGUCCUCGGCUUUCGGCCCUGGCCUCUCCUCCGCUCACGCCUGCCGGCUCAGAUCCCGACAAGAGGUUAAAUAAGGACACCGGUGCCGCCGGUACUCCCGGUACCUCCAUCAGCGAUUCACAUCACAUUAUAACUCCGCAGCCUUCGAGCCCUACCGCCGACAAGGCGCCUUCUUCCACCACUGGUGCUGCUGAUCGGAAAGCAGCCCUCGCCCACCGGCCUGUUUCUUCGUCUGACCACGCCAUGUCCAGGGCCUCAUCGUCCACCGACGAUCAUCGCCCAGAGUCUCGAGGGCUCCACAGAAAGGACUUCUUCUCUGUCGGGCCCAGCUCCGUCCCCGUGUCCCGUGAAUCCAGCCCGUCCAGGAGCUCAGCCGCACACUACUACUCCAAGCCAAUGGCUCAGCACAGUGACGCCAACGAUCCGUAUGCAAAGGGCCGUCGCCCCCCUCAGCAGCAGCACCCCACCCGUCACUCAGUCGACCCACGAUUCAUCUUCUCCAUCUCCAGGAAGAAGAAGGACCGAAAUGGCCCAUCGCCCACCUCGUCAAAGGCAAGCGUCGGCGUGUACGGCCAGUCCAGGCAGAGCGACGAUUCUGGAUCGACUGACGGUGUCCACGGACAUGCGGCUGCGGGCUCCAUGUCCGACCUGAAGCGCUUCUUCCGAAAGUCAGGCCACCACAAGAAGCGGGACCAUUCGCCGUCAUCCAUCAAGUCAUCGUCCAAAUCCAGUCAGGCCAGCCGCUCCAGCCAACAGCUGCCCUUUGGCGACGACCAUGGCUUGACCUCCAAGUAUGGCAAACUCGGCAAGGUGCUGGGCUCUGGUGCUGGAGGUUCCGUUCGGCUCAUGCGUCGGACCGAAGACGGCACUGUUUUCGCCGUAAAGGAAUUCAGGGCCCGACACACCUAUGAGACGGAGAGGGAGUACAACAAGAAGGUGACGGCCGAGUUCUGCGUGGGAUCAACCCUCCACCACGGCAACGUCAUCGAGACCCUGGACAUCCUGCAGGAGAAGGGGCGCUGGUUUGAGGUCAUGGAAUAUGCGCCCUUUGACCUCUUCGCCAUUGUCAUGACUGGCAGGAUGUCGCGGGAGGAGAUUCGAUGCAGCUUCCUGCAGAUCCUCAACGGUGUCACCUACCUGCACAGCAUGGGUCUCGCCCAUCGAGACUUGAAGCUCGACAAUGUCGUCGUUAGCGAAAAGGGCAUCAUGAAGAUUAUCGAUUUUGGUAGUGCCCAUGUCUUCAAGUAUCCUUUUGAAAGCGGAUCCGUUCCCGCCAAGGGCAUUGUUGGUUCCGACCCGUAUUUGGCGCCUGAGGUUUACGAUUCCAAGGAGUACAACGCCGAAGAAGUCGACAUUUGGUCGCUUGCCAUCAUCUUCUGCUGCAUGACUUUGCGCCGCUUCCCCUGGAAGAUUCCCCGCAUGACGGACAAUUCGUACAAGCUGUUCGCAGCCAGCCCGACUCCUGGCCACGACCCCGGCAAACUGCUGCGCCCCAAAUCCACCAACGACCUGUCAUCUGUGGCUGCUCGAGAAUUUUUGCCCGAUGACGAUGCCAAGUCUCAACGCGGCGGCGGGCACAAGAGGCAGGAUUCGGAUUCCCCCUCUGCUACAGGCACCGACCUGCCACAGCUUCCAAUCCCGGGCGUCAGCGUGCCCGACAGGUCGAAAGAAGUCGUUCGAGGACCCUGGAGGAUUCUCCGGCUGCUCCCCCGCGAAAGCCGCCACAUCAUCCAUCGCAUGCUGGACAUCAACCCCAAGUCUCGAGCCAGAAUGGGCGAGAUUUUGGAGGAGCCAUGGAUUGCCGAUACCGUCAUUUGCCAACAGGUCGACGGCGGUGAAGUCAUCCCAGCCUGCGACCACAAACAUGUUCUGGAGCCUCCCAACUCUCAGCCGCCUCCCCCGAAAAAGGUCUAAGCCGAGGUGCUAGUUUCCUGGACAAAGCAAAACUUAUUCGUUAUCAUUCUCAUCAUUUUUUUUUUUUUUCCAAUUCGCCUCAUUCUACGACUCUCUCUUUAUGCAUCUUAUCUCAUACCAUCUCUAACUCACAUCUCUCUUUUCUAUAUACGUUUGUUGGGCGUUUUUCACUGUUUUAUUGGCUUUGCAUCAUGGGAAGAAAUUGCACAAUACCAAAUAUUUUUUUUUCUUUUUAAAAAAAGAGCGAAAGGGGACUACGACUCAGAGA